GCGAGUGGGCGUGGUGGGAUGCAUCACGUAGCUCCUUCCUCUGUUUCUCCGCUACGUGAGGUCGACUUGGAGGGAAGUGAACGUUGCUAGGAAAGAGCUAAAAAAUAGGGGAAGAAAGCAGAAACAUCAGCCACCCCCAAUAAGCUGCCUCAGGAGCAGUGAAGUGUCUUCAUGGCAGUUCGUCGAGGGCACAUUAAGUACUUGAAAGCUGACUUGCAGGAGGUGUAUGACAUGUCAAACGGUUAUGAAGACCACAUGGGAGGGGACGAGGGGAAGGACGCCAAGACCAACCUGAUAGUGAACUACCUGCCUCAGAGCAUGACGCAGGACGAGCUGCGUAGCCUCUUCAGCAGCAUCGGAGAGGUGGAGUCUGCCAAGCUGAUUCGAGACAAAGUCGCAGGCCACAGUUUAGGGUACGGAUUUGUUAACUAUCUUAACCCUAGUGAUGCAGACAGAGCUAUCAGUACACUGAAUGGACUAAGGCUACAGUCCAAAACUAUCAAGGUUUCAUACGCACGGCCCAGCUCUGAUACAAUAAAAGAUGCAAACCUGUAUAUCAGCGGCCUGCCAAAGUCCAUGACCCAGAAGGACGUGGAGGACAUGUUUUCACGUUAUGGACGCAUCAUUAAUUCCCGGGUACUUGUUGAUCAGGGUACAGGUACGACAGGUGUGUCCCGUGGGGUGGCUUUUAUCCGGUUUGACAAACGGGCAGAGGCAGAGGACGCCGUCAAAAACCUGAAUGGCCAAAAACCACCGGGGGCCGCUGAGCCAAUCACAGUGAAAUUUGCCGCCAACCCAAACCAGGCGAAGAACACGCAGCUCAUUUCUCAGCUCUACCACAACCAAUCCCGACGCUUCGGCGGGCCCUUACACCACCAGGCACAGCGAUUUAGGUUUUCCCCCAUGGGUGUCGAUCACAUGGGCGGCAUGGGAGGCGUCAGUGUCCCUGGUAACUCCACCUCCGGCUGGUGCAUCUUCAUCUACAACCUGGGUCAGGAGGCCGACGAGAGCAUCCUGUGGCAGAUGUUCGGCCCCUUUGGUGCCGUCACCAACGUCAAGGUGAUCCGAGACUUCAACACCAACAAGUGCAAGGGCUUCGGCUUCGUUACCAUGACGAACUACGAGGAGGCGGCCAUGGCCAUCGCCAGCCUGAACGGUUACCGGCUUGGAGACAAGAUACUGCAAGUGUCCUUUAAGACCAACAAGGGCCACAAGUAGAGGGGGCUGGACAAUCAGGUGUAGAGGAGGGAGGGAAGUGACCUGGGCCAGGCUUUUAUUUGAGAGAGCAAAGUAUGAGUAUGAGUUUGCAAAGUCUGGCACAUCAGUUUUGGUUUUAGUGUAUUCAGAGUUAAAUGAGACGUUUACUCUUCUGCACCUUGUACUUGUCUAAAAGUGUGUCUAGGCUGAAUUUUUUUUUUCUUUCUUUUUUUCAUCUUUAUACUCAUGCUUGGGGCUUGAGGACACUCAGUAGUUUUAAUUUUUAGGGAGAGGAUUUAGAGGGCAAAAUCCCAAGAUACUCCCAAGAUAACGUUGGAAAAUUAUCUAAAAACCUAAAAUACUGUCUGUACUUGUUGCAUGUAUAACUGUGGGGACUAGAUAAAGGAGGCAGGCAAGCAGUGCACUGAAAAUACAGAGCAUAAGGAAACCCCUGCAAAUUGUUCUCAAAGUAUCAAAAUUUUGGUGGAUAAUUCGUAGUCUAAAGAAGGCGAAGAACAAUAUUUCCCAGGAGCCAGUGGUUGUUUUGUUUUGGUAAAGUAGUGCUUUGUCCUGGAUCCUCACCGUAAGUAGAAAUAGAUGCCUUAAAUGAUCAUCUAGACAUCCAGUAGGCACAAAGACCUACAGCACCACUCACUGUCUUGAGUCAAUCUACGAGCAAAGCACUUUUAACCAGUCUGUUUUAGGUUACUAUGAAUAUCAGUCUUUUUGAUGUAAUCUAUGACAUUUGCUCACCCUCUGACCAGGUUCACAGUUUUAAACAUGACCAGCUCUGGAGGGAAAUGUUUUUGUUUUGUUAUCCUUGUGUAAAGUGUCUUUUUUAUUCUAUGUUGUAUUCCAGGUGAGUCCUGUUGAAAAUGAUCCCCAGUCAAUGAGUAGGGAAUUGAGAUGGACCAAAGACAGGGAGAGAUUUGAACCUAUAAGCCUAGAAGAUUUUUUUUUUUCUGAGCAGAUUUUCACAAGGUAAAUUCUCAUCUUUUAGGUUUUUUUUGUUUUGUUUGUUUGUUUGGUUUUUCUUGUUUGUUUGGGUUUUUUUGUUUGGUUUUUUGUUUUUUUGUUUUUUGUUUUUUUUCUCUCCCCGAAGAGGUACUAAGGAUAAAUCUGACAUUGAGAAUAACAUCAUUCAGGCUCAGUUUGCCACUCUGUUUUUUCUUUCAUUUUGAGUUAAUUUGUUUGGAUUUUUUUUUUUCUUUUUCUUUUUUCUAGAGGCAUAGAUUUUUAAUUUGUUACGAUGUAAGUUACAAACUUGUUUUAACGAGUGCUUAUCUCAAGUUUGGAAAGAAAUCAAUGGCCUUUGUUAAUGAUUUCAGUUUAGAUUUGCUUUCUUUUCUUCCUUUCUUUUGUUUUGGUUGUUUCACUUUCAACAUAAACCAUUAAAUUUUAUUUCGUUUUGCUGAAAGUUUUGUUUGGUUUGUUUCUUUUUUUAUUUACCCUUUUAAGAUUUGGUUUGGCGUUUUGUUCUAUUAUUUUUCUAGUUGCAAAUCUGCAGCGCUGAUAAAAGAUCCCCAGUCAAGCAAAAACGGGCUGUUACAGUGUUUCCACUGGAGGCUUUUAAACAUUUGAAACAUGCUUAAAUUUUUUGAAAGAUUAAAAAAAAUAUGGACCAAUGUUAGUUGAGAUUAGGUUAUUUAAACUGUACACACACUUGAAAGAAAGUGAUUGUCCAACAGACAUUUCAUGAAGCAGCAUUUUCUCAGAUGGCCAGAUAAGUAUAAACCACUGAAGAGUUACCUAAUAAGCAAACUGAAGCUGUAUGUGGUCACUUUUGGUACAGGUGUCUAUCCAGCAGCUGGGAGUUGAAUGUCAGGAUUAUUUAUUGUCAUCUGGCUCAUUAAAUCUGCUUUUUGAUAACACAGCAGAAGAGACAGUUGACUUGAAGAUUUAGGCUUUUAGACCCAAACCCAUUGCUCUGAUUUAUUUCUUUCCUAAUGGUGAUUACUAUUAAGUAGUGAGGACUUGGCUUUGUUUACUAUCACAGUGAAACACUUCUCAUAUCGUCCAUUUAGAAAAGAUUAUCGGCAAAUCACCGCUCAUCUUUUUCUAAUGAUGAAUUUGGUAGAUUGUCUUGUUCUCUAAGGUAGUUGAAAGGUGGAGCAGUGGCAUUGGUACUGUAAUUGUUUAUGAUUUAACCUGACCACAAAUUGAACAGAGGAGCCGCUUGGAGCUCACACUUUUUAGAAUUCACUUUUAAAUCAAUUUUUUUCCCAUCAAUAAUUCACCUGACACCUUAUUAAAUGCGUAUUUAAUCUAUUUAAUCUGUCUCUGAAAGGAGUAUUUCCAUCACAAGCUUCAGAUUUUGGUCUUAAAAGUGCUUUUUGAUUUAGUAUUUCCAUGUUAUUUUUGUGUCACAAUCCUUAACUUUGUGCAAUACUUUGUGACUUGCUCAAAGCAGGUGAUAGAAAUUUGUUGUGACUGUCAUCUUUUGAUCAUUUCUUUUUUCUACUGAUGUUAUGUUACUGCUUAGUUUUCUCAGCAGUCUAGUUGGAUUUGUAUGAAAGAUGCAAGUGGAUUUGUUUUAGAGGCAGUCAGAAUAAACUGCAUUCCGCCUUAAUUUAUAAGUGGUAAUGGUGUAUUUUACAUCAGAGGAGGCGCAAAUAUUUAUUUGACAAUGUAUGCGGUCAUACUUGUUACGUAUUGGAGUGUUUUUAAUCGAUUAUUGAUUUUUGGUUUUUCUUUUCUUUUGGUUUUAAACGGACACUAAGUUGAAGUCCAUUAAAUGUCUUCUAACAUUGGAUCGUUUCAAUAAAAAGAUGGUGCAAUA